CGAAAACACAGAGGCUUGGGUUAGGCUGGAAGAAAUUAAAAAAUUUCAAGUCUUCAGUCACGACUGUAUUUGAGCAAGUCAAUGCAUUGCUGUUACACAACAGACAAAAAAAUUGCCCUUGGAAGGCAAGCUAUUUAUAAUAUAUUCAUAUAUAUGCCAUGUUAGGCCCUCAUGAUAAUAUCUUUUUUUUUUAGUAUGGCAGCCUUAAUGGCAAGUAAUGUGCACUGCUGUAUAUGGAAUUGGCUGUAGAGCAAGCCAGGUAAAAUAUACAUGAGUAAAAUUAUCCUUUUAUGGCUCUCCAAAAUGUUUUUGAAUGUUUCCUUGGAAUUUAUGGCAAUUCAUUAUCAGAUAUUAAUUAUACGUGUUCUGGACUUCCAUUUAUUUUGGUUAGCAAUCAUUGGUUACCAAUCUAAACUGUACCAGUGAGUUUUGAUUGCUAUUAUUAGUCAUAUGAAAAGUACAAUUAAAUUUAUGAUAAUUUUAUAUGGCAAUUUACAAAGGAGUGUUUAGAAUUUACACAUAUAAAAACCAUCUCACAGGAUACAAUAUUUACUCAAGUUUUAUGGUGUCGUGUGAGAUCAAACUGCCUAUGCCAUGAACAGCAAGGAGGCAAUCACAGUGGAUUCAAGUGGUUCUGAUAUACUACUACCAGAAAUUGUUGGUGUUUUGCUUGUGGAUAGUGAUUCUCUAUGUCUUACAAUUCUAUCAAAAAUGCUGCUUAAAUAUGGAUAUAAAGUCUUCACUGCCAAGCGAGCCACUGAUGGAUUAUGCAUUAUCCGGGAGAGAGAAGGUGAACUCAACCUUGUCCUGGCUGAGGCUCACUUACCUGAUAUGGACAAAUAUGAGCUCCUUGAGACAGUGGGAGAAAUGUCUAAAUUACCAGUUGUUAGUUGCCUGUUUAAAGGGGCUGCAUUUUAUCUUGUGAAGCCAGUCACCAUGAAUGAUAUUAGAAACCUCUGGCAAUUUACUUUCAUGAAGAAAACAGAUAGAACAAUGGCUUCUGAAGAGUUAAGUAGCAUUUCAUCAGAACAUGAUACUGAAAGCCAAAUAAUCUCAAAAAGAGCGAGAAGGGAAGAACAAAAAGAGAUGGAGAAAGAUGUUGAUAAUUCAUCUGUCCUUAAGAAGCCAAAGCUAAUUUGGACUGAAGAGCUACAUAAUAGAUUCUUACAAGCUAUUAGAGUGCUCGGCAUUGAUGGAGCACAUCCAAAGAAAAUACUUCAGUAUAUGAAUGUCCCAGGUCUAAGGAAAGAAAAUAUUUCCAGCCAUUUACAGAAAUACCGCCUUGCCUUAAAACGGAAACAAGAUUUAAAAAACACCAUGAACAUGGAUUAUGAUGAAUCAAAUCUUGCAGCAUUCAAUCUAUCUACAAUGGAUUUACAGGGAGACUCAUAUCAAGUUCAGGAGAUGCAAUCCUUGACGUCUUUUCAACCAAAAUUUGGAAGCUAUAACUAUGAGCCAAAGGAUGUCAGCGGUUGCUUGUCUAUGCCUUUUCUUGGUAAUACCCAUUCUUUUAAUCAUGUAGGGCCAAAUUGUAAACACGGGCAACAGACACUAUCCAACAACCUGGUAGAUUCUACUUAUCCCUGUUCUGGUUUUGCUGGAAAGUCGGCAGAUUUUCAGCCAAUGGAAGAUUCUAAUGGAGAAGAUAUUUUCAUGGCUUUAUCCGAUUUUCUAGACCCUGGCUUUGAAAGUUAAAGCUAAGGUCAAGUCAACAGCAUUGAAACAAGUAGAAGAGAGAAAACAACAACGGAACCUUGUUGUACCACAUGAUAAAGUAGAUGAUAGUUUUUGGAGACUUUGAUGUGGCUAAAGUUCCUUGACAAAGAUUUUAAUGAUGUAUGGUACAUCAAUGUGUUUUUCUUCCAGUUUCAUAUUUGUUCAAUUUUGAUGGUUCUGAAGUGACUGGUUGAAUGUGGGAUAGUUUGUUAUUUUGACUUGAGAAGUCUGUUUCAUUAAUGCAGUGCUUCUGGCCAUGCCAUACCCACUGUUUGGUGAAAAAUUA